AUGGCGGAAGUCACAACUUUAGACAAUGUGAUCAUACUCUUAUACCUCGGAGGAGUAUUUGCCGUUGGCAUGGCGUCUACAUGUCGACCAAAUCGAGGUACAUCAGCGGGAUAUUUCCUUGCAGGAAGAGACAUGAUAUGGUUUAUGGUUGGAGCUUCACUUUUUGCAAGUAAUAUUGGUAGUUAUCAUUUUAUUGGAUUAAGUGGAUCUGGUGCCGCUGCAGGAUGGGGUGCGGGAGCGUACGAGUUAAAUAACAUUAUCUCCAUGAUGUUCUUGUUUGUUUUUUUCACAAAGCUAUCAAAAAUCAGUACCCGGACACGUGCAGUCUUCCAACAUUCGAUGGUUGUAGACAUUUUUAUAUACCUAUGCUGUAAUCCUCUCAUGUUGAUUGAUUUAUACUUAUUAGGUGGCCUGGCUGCGGUUAUUUGGACAGAUACUGUUAACUUUAUUAUUAUGAUGAUUGGAGGUGUCAUUCUUAUGAUAGUUGCUUUUAUUGAGGUUGGUGGCUUGGUUGGUGUGCUUGAAGACUAUCCAUGUGCAGUUCCGAAUGAGACGCUAUAUUUGAACGAUACUUGUGGAAUACCACGAGAAGACUCUUAAAUGUUUAGACAUCCGGUCGGUUCUGAUAUGCCUUUUUUUGGCUUUAUUCUUGGGCAAUCUCCAGCAUCUAUCUGGUACUGGUGUGCGGAUCAGGUUAUUGUCCAGCGUGCCUUAGCAGCAAAGAACCUAUCACACGCUAAAGGAGGAACAUUACUUGCCGCUUACUUCAAAAUAUUACCCACAUUUAUGAUGGUUAUACCAGGAAUGAUUGCUAGAAUGCUGUGGCCAGAUGAAAUUGCCUGUACAUCAGAGGAAAUCUGCCAAGAAGUUUGUGGAAGUUCAGUUGGUUGUACAAGCAUUGCAUACCCACGCUUAGUAAUGGAACUACUACCCCAGGGUUUACGUGGUUUAAUGAUAGCUGUGAUGUUGGCUGCUUUGAUGAGUUCAUUGACUUCUAUUUUCAACAGCGGAGCCACCAUUUUUGUUGUUGACAUUUGGAAGUUAAUUCGAAAAAAAUCCUCUGAAAAAGAGAACAUGAUAGUUGGUCGAUUAUUUGUCUUAGUGCUGGUUGCUGUUAGUAUCCUCUGGUUACCUGUGGUUGCUAAUAGUCAAGGUGGUCAAUUAUGGCAUUACAUUCAAGAAGUUUCAGGUUACUUAACUCCUCCAAUAGCAGCUGUUUUUCUAUUGGCUAUGUUUUGGCACGGAACUAAUGAACCUGGAGUAUUUUAUUCUUUGAUGAUUACCUUAGCAAUGGGUUCAAUGAGGUUUCUGUUCAUGUUAAUAUUCCCUGAUCCUCCAUGCGGAGAAGAAGACAACCGCUCAUGGUUCAUCACCAUACACUAUUUCUAUGUAGCGACCGUUCUCUUCUGGAGUGCAUUGUUCUUUUGUUGGAUAAUAAGUAAAUGUACAAAACCUAAAAUUCAAGACAACAUGUUACAUCGUCUGACAUAUUGGACUCGGCAUAGUAAAGAAAACAGAAUUGAUGUUAAUACACUGUACGAUGGUUCCAUGGUUGACAUACCGCAAACAGAUCAGUUAAAUGAAGGCACUUAUACAAAUACUUUGUCUGAAGGAGAUUUCCCAAUGACAGUAACAAAGUAUGAAUACAGCAAUGGUGAAAUCAAAACAAAGGAUGAUAUUAAUUCCAGUGACAAUCACAGUAUGUCAGAGAGCGAGGCCAGUAUUGAUGUUGAUAUGGGGAAAGAUUGCGUUAAAAAUGUGUGUAUACUCCAUGCAUCUGAUGAUAACAAACAAAUUAACUCUGAAGUUCAGUGUGACCUGUCAGAGUCAUUGAAUGACGAUGAUGGCGUUGUAUUAUAUGGAUCGACUGAAAGAGCUGGAAAGACUAUGACACAGAAGAAAAAAACAGGCUCUGCUGCUGUCUGGAGUGUUGUUUGGAAGUAUACAUGUGGUAUAACUGAUGAACCAGAAGUAGAACUCAGUGAGAAAGAAAUCCAGGUUAUAGAAGGGAAAAUAACAUCAAUUGAACAAACGUCAACAGAAAAAAUGAUUUUGAACAUCAAUCUUGUUAUACUCUGUAUCAUCGGAUUAAUCUUUUAUCUUCUGUUUGGAUUUAUAAUUGAUGUCAUCUGGAAAGAACAUGGUGAAAUUGACUGUCCUUAUUAUUAUCAAUGA